AUGCAGCUCUACAAGAUCCUGGGUGUGCUUCUGCCGAUCACGGUGGCCAACGCCCAUUCCUGGGUGGAACAACUCACGGUCAUUGCGCCAAAUGGGACCUUUGUCGGCGCCCCAGGCUAUGCCCGGGGCAACUAUCUUCGCACCGCGCCCGGGUUCAACGACUUGACCAUGACAUACCUAAUCCCGCCGGAUGGGGCAUCCAACGUCACCCUGCUGUUGCCCAGCUACGAUAUGUGCAAAGGCACUCAACAGAACAUGACACAGACAACGGGGAGCCCGAGACUGCAAGCCAGUGCUGGCGCUGCAAUUGCACUUCGUUAUCAGGAGAACGGCCACGUCACGCUGCCCUGGAACCAACCCGGCAAACCCCAGAAUCGCGGCACGGUCUACGUCUACGGGACCACGGAGCCCAAGGUCGGCGAGAAGCUUCUGGAUGUGUAUGGAAAGUGGAAUGAGAAUGGCACCGGCGGAGAUGGACGGGGGGUGCUCUUAUCGACUCAGAACUUCGACGACGGCCGCUGCUACCAGAUCAACACGGGCAACAUCUCCGAGUACCGCCAGAAGGAGUUUCCACACGUUGCAAACCAACUGAUGGGCGCCAACCUGUGGUGCCAGCAGGACAUCAGGCUGCCCUCAACCGCCCCAGCGGGCAGACCGUACACUCUCUACUGGGUGUGGGAUUGGCCUACAUUACCCGGCAUCGAUCCAACUUACCCAGACGGCAAAGAGGAGAUCUACACAACGUGUAUGGAUGUGGAUGUGGUCAACACGGAACAGACGCGCGUACAGGCAGCAGCGGAGUAUGUCAAGGACCAGAACCUCGACAGCGCGGCGAUCCCGUCGGAAUUUGCCGACAUGAAAGAUCAAAACGAGGCUAUCGUGCAGACUACUCAUGACACGACUGGGGCAACUGCCACGGUGACGGUGACGGAGACGGUGACGACGUUAGUUGAUGUGGUCAUCGAGACAGUGUUCGUUGAGCGAUGCCAGUCCUCCUAG